AUGCGUUAAGUGAUCCAACCAAGGUAUGGCGACGAUGGCGACGGUGGUAGUUUGUAAAUGCGGUGCAUCUAAGUUAAGAAUUAAGAAUAUUACUAAUAUUCUGAGUUACGUGAAGUGUGAAAGCAUUGUGAAGUGUGAGCCCAUAAGAUACCACCAUGUUGCCUCACAUUCAUGCAGGAACUAUGUUAAACAAAUGCAACAUAAAAGUUUCAUCGCAUGCAGCAGAGGCAAUCAGAGGGGUGUGCUAGGAAUUGCACUUGCGCGAUCAGUAAGCACGAUUGUGGUGCAUGAGGACCAUGGCCAUGCUUCGAAGGUCCCGGAAGGUGGUGGGUCCAGUUCCAGGUCAGUAGUAAGUGAUGGGCCUACAUCAGGACCUGUGAUAAGUACAGAUGUUGCCCCAAGUUCUGUCGUUGGUCCUGAAGAAGCCUCAACAGAAGGUGUACCAAAAACACCUCCAGUACCAACAGAAGCUGUAGCCUCAUCACCAGUCAGUGAGAUAGUGCCCACACUGGGUGACAUACCAGAGCCACCUGCUAUACCACCAUCAGUAGAAGAACUGGUUGAAACUUUGCCAUUGUCAGGGGAGCCAACAUUUGCUAGUCUUGGUCUGGGAGGCUGGUCGCCUGUUGGGAUUGUGCAGAAUUGUAUGGAGUAUCUGCACAUUGGUUGUGAUCUUCCCUGGUGGUUCUCAGUCAUGAUAGGGACAGCCGUAGUAAGAAUUUUGAUAUUUCCGUUAGUUAUUAUGGCUCAGAGAAAUGCGGCAAAAAUGAGUAACAACCUCCCCCAAAUACAGACUCUUCAAAUGAAAAUGACUGAAGCUAGACAGACAGGAAACCAGUUGGAAGCGGCACGUUAUGCUCAAGAACUGGUCACGUUCAUGAAUGAGAAGGAGCUCAGUCCGCUGAAGAAUAUGGUGGUUCCCCUUGCACAGGCACCCCUGUUUAUCUCAUUCUUCAUGGGUUUGAGAGGCAUGGCAAACGUGCCGGUGGAAAGCAUGAGGACAGGAGGCCUCUUCUGGUUCUCAGAUCUGACAGUGCCAGACCAGUACUACCUGAUGCCUCUCCUCACCAGUUUCACGAUGUGGAUCACAAUUGAAGUUGGAACGGAUGCAAUGAAAGUGUCUUCGGGAAAUUUGCAGACUAUGAAAUACGUACUUCGUGCCAUGCCAGUCUGCAUCCUGCCAUUCACAGUCAACUUUCCUGGUGUAAUACUAGUGUAUUGGGUGUCCACAAACUUCAUAUCACUCAUGCAAGUGGGUUUCCUAAGAAUUCCUGCUGUCAGGGAAUUCUUCAAGAUUGACAAGACAGUGACGCACUCUCCGGAUGCGCUGCCUGUCAAGCCAAAAGGCUUCGUUAAAGGACUGAAAGAAUCUUGGACAAAUAUGAAAAUCUCCAAGGAACUGGAAGAAAGACAGAGAUUUGAUGAGCUGCGAUUCCAAAGAGCAGGAAGAGGUCCAGUUCAAAAGACCUAUAAGUAUGACCCCACCAAACCAAGGCAAGUGAGCAGCAUUGGGAAGGAUACAGUUGCUGCCAAGAAGAGAGAUGGAUAGACAAGAGUACAGUUUGGUGUCAUAUGUUGCUGUGAUCACUGACUAGUUACUGGGGACACCUGCAGGAGGGAAUAUUGUUUUCUGUGUGUCUUAAAAACAGAAUGUAUCCAUGCCCUCCUAACAAGGAACCUGGUUAUUGCAAAUUAUGUUACUGUAUCUAAUUCAUACAUAGUUGUAUAUACAACUAAAGAAUUACAUAAUGUACAAAUCA